CUCAACCACUUCUACACCUUUUACAAUAAUUCCAACAAUUGUCCUCGCUGUCUACGCUCCUGUUUGAGAAGUCUUCGGUGCGUUGGUUUGACACACGGCAUUUCCGUCUGUCCCAGCCCAAAACGUACUAGCUCCCUACGUCGAACCAGGUGUACGCGCGUCUCUUUCAGGCCUGCCGCUCUUCGCUGUCCCAUCCUACGAACUCACUCUCCUAAACAAAACACUCCGACUGUCUGCCCAAGGCUUCAAUUCACCGACACAGCUCCGACUUGGACUUCCAUCUCAUCUCUGAUAUCCUGCCUUCCAAGGCAACAUCGACUUCCAAAUGGCCACUGCUGUUUAUCCCAUGAGUUCGACUCCCUUCAACAACUCAAACUCGUGCGAACCCGACGUCGAAGAAUGGUUCAACUUCAGCGACCUGCAAUCCUCAAAUAACGGCGCCUCAUCCUCCCAGAUGCCCGCAUCCUCUGCCCCUUCAGCCUUAACCAGUCCUGCUACCACCAUCGCCCCUCUCGAUGGCGACGACUUCCAGGCACCUGCGAAACCAUCAUACGAGUAUGAUCGCUUCAAGCAACAGACUGGUCUACCAUCUGGCUCGGUCCCAGGACUACAGAAUUCCCAAUUCCAGGGAUUUUCAAACACCGGCCUUGAUGACAUGAGCAUGUGGUCGACCGGCCUCGGGGGGCUCGACUCUGACAUGAACAUGGAUACCGAAUUAACACACGGCCUGCCUGCUUUCUUCUACCCUAACACAGAGUCGUCCCACCAAGACGACUUUGUCGAUCCAUCUACUCUCACUCAACCCGAAGAGCCUGCCAAUGUUCGUGUUUGGCCUGGUGUGCAUCAACAGCAAGCGCUUGCCAAAGCACAGGCACAGGCCCAACAGCAACGACAACAGCAAAUGCUACAACAACAACAAAAGCAGACCUCCCGACCGCAGCAACAAUCCCGCACCGCGCCAUCGAAACGCUCAGCUUCGCACCAACCCACCGAUGCUCGCACCGAAGAGACUAUCGCCCGUGUAGUCAAUCAAAUCCGCCAGAAUAGUCAAAUGUCUUCCCAGAAUGAUGAUCCUCAUGCUCAUCUCCCCCACAUCAUCCGCAUGAAGAAGGACGAAGAGGACAUGGAUGAAGACGAACGCCUCCUUGCCAGUGAAGAGGGAAAAAAGCUCACCAGCAAGGAGCGUCGUCAACUUCGUAAUAAGGUCUCAGCUCGUGCUUUCCGCUCUCGCAGAAAGGAAUAUAUUGGCCAGCUCGAAGGGGAAGUAAACCAAAAGGCGAACGAGUGCAAUGAACUUCGAAUCCAAAACAGGGCUCUCAUGGAGGAAAAUGCACGAUCUCGUGCCUUCAUCGAGAACCUUCUUCGUCAUCAGGCAUUCGCACCAUUCCUCGAGGAUCUUUCCCGUGACGAGGCUCUGCAACCUAGGCUCCCCAUCCAGCAACAGCAAACUGCUCAGCCGGCCCGUAAAGAUGCCAACGCCUACCAGGCUCCUCAGCAAUUCGAGUCUUCUCGUCAGGACGACCUCCAGAUCGGCAUGGCACUUGUCCCUGAGACGCCGCUCGAUCUCAGCAUGUUGAGCAUUAACAACACCUGGGGUAACCAGAAUCUCGGCUUCCCAUUCCAACAACCUCAAGUUUUUUCCGUGAUGGAGGUGCCCGAGGGGCCAAUUCUCAACGCUGAGAUGCUGUCUGGGAAGGAAUAUGAAGCAUUCGACGAAACCGAGACCGUCGAGCCUGUUGAUGACGUUAAGCAGGAUUUCCCUGUCGUCGGAACGACCUAUUCCGAUUCUACCACCCUAGUUACAGCUAAACCGGCUGAGACCGAGGAGGAGCGCGCCUUCGACAACAAUCCUGAAUUCGCCCUAUAUCAUCCUACCUCACCCUCUGCACCUGUCACAUCUACUCCAACCUUUGAUAACCUUUCUUUCGAAGGUGUCACCAUCGAAAAGUCCUCCCAGUUCGAACUCGUCGUUCCCUCAACCUCGUCCGAUCUCGCCAUGGAACGGGUUGAGCGCAUUUGCGCGUCCAUGGAGCCUCUCUCGUGGAAAGAGGCGGAAUACAAGCGCCGACGAGCAGAAGGCGGCAAGGCAGCGAGACAAAGAGUUUGGGAAGCGCAGCACGGAGUUGCUCAGCCUACCAGUUCACUUUCCGUAGAGAGAGGUGUAGGGUCUGGUACAAACUUCGAAAGGUUCAGCAGUGCAGACGGUUCAAUUAAGCGUGCCCUCAGUCCCUGGGAGGAAUGGUACGGUGUAUCGAAUACGGUUGAACCAGUUCUUGAAUUUCGCGGCACCCGAGAUCCUUCUUGCAACUCCUACGCAGCCUCUUUCAUCUCCCACGGAGAUCCCCUGUCCCCCCACAAAGCCGUCUCUCACCGAUCUGGAGAGCAACGAUUUGGAAAGGAAUGCAUACUAUAUCAUCGGAAGAGUCGUUCAAAUUAUAGAAAGGAGGCCGAUCAGUCACAAUACAUGGUUGCUGCCUACAUCCAGGCUAGUCGAAGGUUAUAUGAAUCAAGGAUGAAGACGUAUAUCAAAUUCCUUACGGCGCCGACUCUGGACACGCCAGGCACAGCGGUAGCUCUUCGAUUUGAUCAUGAUAAGAGGAAAUAUUUAUUUGGCAACAUGUCCGAGGGCACCCAAAGAGCCGCAAUAGGGAUUCAAGGCAGCUUCAAACAUGUCCAUACCAUCUUCAUGACUGGCAAGCUCGACUGGCAUUCGAUCGGAGGCCUGGUAGGAACACUUCUUACUGUCGCCGAAGCAAGAAGUGAGGACCGAGGGGUGAAAUUUGAUCUUGGAACUCGUGAUAUGAUUGUACAUGGGCCGCCAAAUCUGAAGCAAGCUUUGGCGACUUGCAGACGGUUUGUCUUUCGGAAAGGGAUUCCUGUGUACGCAUUUGAGCAUACGCCAAACGUGCCAAAGGCAGGCAACAUAGCUGAACAUCCCACCUGGCAGGAUGAUAUUGUCAAGGCUUGGGCGAUGGCCAUAGAGCCAUCACACCACAACCAUAAUGUUUCUGCCCCUGAAAACCCUCGGAAGCGAAGCUUUGAUCAAGCCAUGGGCUGGGCCAGUGAUUUGACCAGUGAGCAACAAGAAAAACAGUACAAUCAGUUACGAGAGUCCAUUGUCGGCGACAUGUUCAACUCGAAUUGGCGCAUGGAUGCUCUAUAUGACACAAAUCUCCGCAAUGUGGAGCUGCCAGCAGAGAUCUUCAUUCGCGACCCCGAUACAAAGGAGAUCAAAAGGUAUGAAGGGCCAGUGCCAGGAGACCUGCCAUAUCACCAGCUCCCUGACAUAACUGUACUGGUGCGCAAGGCAUGGCCAGCAGCCCUGGUUGGCAGACUACCUCCAACGAAGCCAUCAUCCGUUGCUGUAUCGUAUAUCGCACGUACUCACCCAAUACGAGGGAAGUUUGACCCUAAAAAGGCACUAGAGCUUGGUCUCAGGGAUAAGACCAAGUACAAGGACAUUGCCAAAGGUGAGCCAGUGGAGAAUGACAAAGGAGAAAUGAUACAGCCAGAUCAGGUUCUUGGCAAAGGCAGCUCUGGAGAAGCUUUCGCGAUUAUUGAGUUACCAGGCGUCGAAUACGUCGAACCGCUAAUUGCCAGAGCGGAGUGGAAAACACCACAACUCUUAGAGAACAUGCAGCACAUUGUGUGGAUACUCGCUCCGGGCGUAUUGGAACAUAGGCCACUGCAAGACUUCAUGCGAAAACUGAGCGACGAUCUUGGUGUGCAUCACAUAGUCUCCUCGACAGACACUCAUCCAGAUCGUGCGCCGUUCAUAAGUGCUGCUGGUCAGCAUGCGAGACUCAACAAGAUCGAUCCCUGCAGGUUUCCAGCGCUUUCUUUUGAUGACACUACCAUCAUACAGUCGCUUUCUGCAGGCACGAAUAUCUCAGGUCACGAAUUGAAAGAUAUCCCUACCCUCCAUCCGCCUGCCGCAGGUAUUGAGAUGGCUACAGGAUCUAAAUUUGAACAGUCUGUGUACAACCAACAGGUGCAGCUGGACAUGGAAGAGGAGCUCAAGGUUCUCGACCCCUCAAUUCUGAAGCUGUCCGAAGAAGCUGCUCAGAGGAUCAAAGACGACGCAGAAGCCUUGGACUUGUGGAAGAAAAAGAUACCAGAACCAGAUACGGAGGUCUUUUCCCUUGGAACAGGUUCGGCAGUGCCCUCGAAUUAUCGAAAUGUAUCUGCAACUCUCGUAAGAGUACCCGGGAAAGGUGCCUAUCUCUUUGACGCUGGCGAGGGUACAUGGGGACAAAUACAACGAGUAUUUGGACCGGAAGGGGCACGCGAAGUCAUGAAAGAAUUACGCAUGAUCUGGAUAAGUCAUAUGCACGCCGACCACCAUCUUGGCGUCACGUCUGUGAUCCGCGCAUGGCGAGACACCGUCCAUGGCAAGCCCGGGACAGAAGGAACUGCCUCGUCCAAACAGCGCCUGGCCGUCAUCUCCGCCGUUUACAUGAUCGACUGGCUCCGCGAGUAUUCUGAAAUCGAAGACUACGGCUAUUCACAUAUUCUUCCUCUUGCUAUUACUGCCGAACAAGACAUGAAAUCCUUGUCCGCCGUCUCGCGCAGCAACCUACAUCUUCAUCCCAGUGACCCUGCCUCCACUUCCGACCCUGUCCCUUUCAAAGUCGCUGAAUUGAUGCGUCACACCCAUCUCUCUGGAAUCCGCGCCGUUACUGUCCACCAUUGUCAUGGUGCCCGGGCCGUGUCCAUCGCCUUCCCAUCUGGUCUCAAGAUCAGCUACUCUGGCGAUUGCCGGCCCUCACCCGCGUUCGCUAGAAUUGGCAAAGACUCUACCCUUCUCAUCCACGAGGCCACCUUUGACGACGACCUUCGCGGCGAUGCGGAGGCAAAGAAGCACAGUACCACCGGGGAAGCACUCGAGAUUGGCCAGAUGAUGGGCGCGAAGUGUGUAUUGCUCACGCAUUUCAGCCAGCGAUACAGCAAGAUCCCCAUUGUCGAGGCCGACAGCGAGGCUCCGAAGCCGGCCAAGCCACCCGCGACGGGAUCAGUCCUCGAUGACCAAGUCGCUCCUUCCAUCCGUGGCGAUACCCUGCCUCAGCCGACCGGAGUCAGCGACCUCGGGCCUGAUCUCGAGGAUGACCUCAAAGCCAGAUUCGACGGCGACGACGACAACUUCGACAACACACUCAACGACGCCCGCCUCACUAGCGGCGACAAAUCCACGGGACCAGCCGACGUCAACCGCGCGCCCUCGGCAGCCGUGUUCAAGGUCAGCGACCCGGACCUGAAGGUGGGCAUUGCAUUCGACUACAUGCGCGUCAAACUAGGCGAGUUUGCGCACCUGAAGUACUACACCCCCGCACUGAUCCGCUUGUUCUCGGGGCCCGAGGAGGACGUGCUGGAGACGGAGGCGAAACCUAAGAAGGAUAAGAGGAAGAAGAAUAAGGAGGUAGGACCGGUCAGAGAGCUGGAUGGAUUGAAUUAAAUGGUUGGAAUGGGGGGAGAGGGUUCCUGACUACCUGUUUGUCUGUCUGCCUGGCAAAUAAAACGCUGUGACUGGGACUGGACUCGACCGGAUUUUGAUGGAAGUAUAGAUUUGUUGCUUGUGUAGAUAUGGAAAAUACUCUGCUCAUUCUAUUGACACAC